AUGAACAACCUGCCAGGAAAACCAGGUUCCACUUACCAAACGAUCCAUCCCCAAGAAACUUUUUCAGGUCACGUCUGGGUCGAAACCGACGUCAACCAUUGUCUGGCCCUAUGCGAAACCGGGGUUGUCGGCGGUCGUGACGUCGACGGAAGCCAAAUUUAUUUGGGCCGGGCCAUUCACAACGGCGACAUCCUUCCCGCCAAAGUGAUUCCUGGAAGGAGAUCGGCCUACGUCUCGUAUUGCGGGAAGGAGAUCAGGGUGCAUCAAUUUCAGAUGUUGGUGCGUCCUCAAUACAAAUGGGUCACUUGUCAAAAUGGUUAUGUGCCACCAAAUGCAUUUCCUGCAGGUGAAACAUUGUACGGAGAAACUUUGUAUGCUGGAAGAGUUACCGCACGAGGAGCCACCACCAUCGGAAAGGUUCAUCCGAGUCACAAGUGCUGCUACAUCCCUUUUUGUGGAAAAGAGGAAAAAUACGACGUGUACGAGGUACUGGUGAUGACACAACCACCAAAGACACCACCGCCAUACAGUUAUUAUUAA